AUGGAGUCGAAAUGGUGUAACCAUUGGAGAUGCGAGGAGUUGUGGGAAGACAUACAAGACGAAAUAGAGGUGGACUAUAAUCACGGCCAAGACCAGGGGUUCAUGGCCCUCUUGCUAUCUUGCAAACGAAUAUACGAUGAAAGCAUAGACUCGUUCAGGAAAAACAAAAUCAUCAACAUCACAAACGGCCCGACCCUCCAAAGAUUAAUAAAAUACCCGCGCCCGAGAUACCUCACCGAGGCCCGCGUCAUCAACAUCUCCCUCCGCGAGGACAGCGGCAACUGGCUCUACCUCAACGGCGGCAACAUCUGGCACAUCCUCUCCGAGCCCGAGAUGAAGGCCGACAGGGUGUACCUCUGGCUCGACGCCGAGUGCCCCGUCACGCGGCGCCUCCUGCCCGAGUUCCGUGCCCUGUACUCGUCCAUUCGCGAACCCGUCGCGCCCAAGUUGACGAUCGACUUCCCGUGCGACGCCGAGGACGGGUUCUGGGCGUGGGGGGAGACUGAGGUCCGGACGCAGACGUGUGGGGGUCUCGGGGAGGUCACGAAGCAAAAGGAGUUCGUGCCGGAAUUCAAUGUCGUUGCGAGGGGAAGGCAGAGGUUUAACGAGACUUCUGAGUGGGGGUUUUACGAAACGAUAGAUGCGACAGACACUUAUGCAGCCGGUUUCUUGAUCUUCCGGAAUCAACUUGCUGCCUGCUCCCAACGGCAAUCGGCUGGAACCAAACUGUCUGGCACCGUUCGGGACGACAUUUACGGCAAUAUUCAGGCUCCGUUCAUCUUCAGAACGAGAGAUAUGUCUGGCUUUGAAGUCGUCGGCGUAGUCCUAGGCUUACUCCCCAUAUUGGGCAAAGCUGUCAAAUAUGCCGAGCCGCUCAAAUUCCACUGGGCUUUUCGCGACAGGUUGCCAAAGCUACUCGCUUCAAUCGAGGAUGACAUGAUGGAUUUUCGACAAAAUAUCGAGUUCCUCUUGGGACCUCUUGGUCUCGACCCAGAAGUCGAAGCGAGUCUGAUGAACGAUCCUGACACCUCGCAAAAUUGGAAUGACCCGCAUGUCUUGUCGCUUUUGAGGUACAGAUUCGGGCAUGAUCAAGCCAAAUUCGACUGGUUUGACAGAAAGAUUCGACGCCUUCGUCAGAUCAUUGAAGAUCUCACGGCUUUGUUGACCAAGUUUGACGUCAAGGGGCUACUUGCUGUCUCGUCGUCUGUUUCGCUGUCGCCAAGUCAGAUCAAACGGAUGCAAGAUCAAUUUCGUCUUGCAGUCAGCUUCACCAAGAAAAAGGAGGUUAUCAACGAAAUGAAAGCUAUCAACCAGAAGAUACAGACUUUCUUGGAAAAGGAACUCAAGAUAUCGGAGGUACGAUACACCGUAUUGGGUCAUGCGGCCAUGUCCAAGGGACAUGAAGUGAAUCGCAAGAAGAGCGCGCAACCAUUUCUUCGAGUGGACUUCGCCAGAGACGAGUUUGACCUCAGUACCCCAUCAAAAGAUUCCAACAUCUUUGAGUUUUCUAGGAAGAGACUUGAGGCGGAUUUGGCCGCCGACUCUAAGAGCCAAGAAAGGCUUGAGUCUCAGCACACGAUAUCGGCCCUUGUUCGGUCGGCCGCCACAUUUGCUAUUGAUACCCAAGGGUCAAGGAGCAAUUCGGGAGGCUCAUUAAUAGCUCUACGGAACGCUACUGAUGCUGAGUCAAAGCCUCGAGUACGAUGGGAGGAUCAACCUGAUCAACACAAAUCCUUCUCUACCUCUCCGGCUCUGGACCCUGAGCUCAACAUAUGCUGCAGCUUUUUCCAAAACCCGCUCCCUGAUGGUAUUUCUCGACAGCUGCUCAAGGCGCAGAAACAAGAACCAGCUACGUUGAAACUUCCGGAGAAAUUUGCGUCCAUCGAGGACAAUUUGUCUUUCGGAAAUUUCUCCAAGUCGGUGAUGCAACUAGAUCAACGGUUGCGACUGGGAAUCAAGUUAGCUUACACAAUACUUGGCCUCGGGACAUCCCCCUGGUUUCCCCGCGGUUGGGGAGACAGUGAUAUCGCAAUCUGCGCAACACCCACACCCGCCCCAUUCUACACCCAUCACUCGAUUCGGUAUGCGCUAGAACAAGGCGUUCCAAACGCCAAGACUCAUGCCGAGAUGGCCAUCUUCACACUCGGAGUCAUUAUUCUGCAACUUAUCUACCAACAGAAACUUGAGCAACAACCCUUCUACGAGAACUACUGGGUGGAUGGAGAAGUGAGCGAUGCAACUUUGGAGCUAGCUGCCAGGGAGUGGCAGAGUUACGUGGAGGAACAGCAUGGAUCUGACGUUUCGGAUGUCAUUUAUCGAUGCGUCUAUCUGGAAUUUUCUGUACGUCCAGACCUUGGCGACGAAGAGUUCAUCCACGAAGUCGUCUCAACAGUGAUUGAGCCAUUAGAAGACUUUGUUUUCCAGUACAGUAGAUAG